AUGGAGACAGUUUUUUCGGUACCCACCUCUAUUUCAGUCACUGACAGUGGCGUUCCAAGUACCGUACACAUCGAUAUCAACAUUGGAUCAGUUCAUUCUGCUUCAAAAUACUCGCAUCCAACAUCUUUGGGAAUUGUCUGUUCAGAUCAUGCAUCAGAUGUCCUUGUUGACUUAAAUCCUCCUCUUUCCUUGACUGCAAUAGCUCCUGGGAACUCUUCAGACCAUCGAUUGCUGCAAUUCACUGAUGAUCUUGGUUUGUGCAUUAAACCGUCACCUGACGUGUCACCCAUAGCCGACGAUGACGAAGAUGUUCGAUCUCUCCUGGCAGCAGCAGCAGCCGUCGCUGCUGCAGAUAACAGGAUUUCACAAUCCUCACCAACAGUCCGUUCAUCCUCUGGGCUGAACACUCCUCCUGAUGCAAGAAGCAGUCGAGUUACAGAUAUUGUCACUUGUAGGCCAAUGUCAGUUGGUGUAUGUGUUCAGACUCCGACUAUUCAUUCGGAAGAUAGUGUUUCAAUGUUGGUUUCGCGCCACGGUUUGACAGGAACACCUUAUGAAAACAAUGAUGAUCCUCUCACAAUUUUACUGCCAACUUCUAAUACACAGUCAGUGUCUUCAAGUUAUUUACUUUCAUCAAACGUUCCUACACCAUGCAGCUCUCCUCUGACUUUCCGAUCUCAUUCUCCUAUACACAACCCUCAUCUAGGAGGUAUACAUACACCAACACUACUACAUCACAAUCUAUCUUGUGAAUCGCACCCCAUUAAUAAUGAACGCUCAAAUGCUUCCUUCUCAUCACUUUCUCAUUUCCCUUCCCCAGAUACACCCCCUUCGCAUACGGAUAGUUAUACAACUUGUCAAAAUCAAGAUAGUCAAGUUUUUGGUACAAAUCUUAUGACACUAAAAGAUGCAAUUCAUCCACCACCUUGUACAUCAUUAAGUCCCACCAAAGGAGUUCCAGAAUGUAAUACAUCUGGUCGCGUAUCUGUACCUCCAUGCUUGCCAGUUAGCGAACAUGUUACAGUAAAAGUUUUAAGCCCGGGAAAUGCAUCAGAACAAUAUAACACUUGUCCAUCGACGAGCAUAUCUAAUGUGUCAGAUAAUAUUUCGCACAACUGGAAAAAUACACCCACUUGCGGAACAGAUAUUCAGGCAGCAGAAACUUGUAAACUCUUAGAUAGUGGUUUUGAUUCUGUCUCUAAAGCUACUGAUGAAAAUCUAAUGGAUUUAGAACAAGUUAUUUCUUCGCAUUCAGCAUCACUGGCGGAGGUUGACGAUGAGUAUUUUUUGAAAACUUCCAGUGAUUUCCAUGUGAACACAGUGGUAAAUAUUGAUCUCACUUGUAUUUCUCACUCAGAUGAAGUACAUUCUUCUGCAGACAGCACUAUUGACAAAUCGCCUAAGACAUCUACUCUUUGCCCAGCUGAACCAGAUUUCCCUGAAAUUUAUACAGAUGGCCCAGAUGGAAAUGAAACUACCAAUACUGUGAUAUUACCUCAUGAACCAACAAAUGGUAGUCAGCCAAUAACAACAACAGCGACAACUCAAUCACCCUCUGUAAUAAUGCCUGUUGAAGACACAGUUAAGCUCGAAUGUGUAGACAAAAGUCCAGACAAAGAACGUUUCUCUCAGUCAUCAUUGAAAAAUACAUCUGAGUCUCAAGACAGUACUAGUGAUUGUAAGACAAUCGCAUCUGAUUCCCCUCUUGUUCAAGCUGUUACUACUGGUGAAUUGUGUCAGCCUGAAAACUCACCAAUAGCGAAUAGCUCUGUGAUUCUUAAGUCCCCAACAAAUGAUGUGAAUAAUUCAAUCAAGAUAAGUGAUGAAGAGCAAGAUUUAAUAUUUGAUUUAAAUGAUGAUAAAUUAGAAGAUACGCAUGAUCCUCAGCCUAGUAGACAGUCUUCUGUUCAGUCCUCUAAAGAAGUGGAUGAAGAAAAAGUGUACAAUGAUGCAGAAUAUGCAGCUGCAGCUGUUGCUGCUGUUGACGAUGUAGUCUAUGCUUUGGCUGGAAACCGUAAACCUGAUCCCUCUAUACCGCUUGAUCCAGCUUUAGAAGGAACAGGAACAGAUCGUUUAUACAGCUUGAGUUUAGCUCCGGUUCAUAAUGGUUUGAGCAGUAGUUCACAAAUGAAUGUUUCCAGUUCACAUUUGUGUAGUACAGCAAAUUUUCUUACACUUAACGCAAAUUCAGAUCAUGUGGUUACUUUGUCUUCUGGUAGUAAUCAGGACCGUGCCAGUUUUCAUCAAACCAUGACAAUCAAUGAAUCUUCAGAUGGUGAAGUUGGCCUAGACGAUCGUCUGUCCAAAAGUCUAUCGAAUCUAACCUCUAACAGCUGGAAUAAAAGUGACGUGAAAGGUGACUUCUUAUGCUUAACCUGUCAUAAAGCGUUUCCUCAAAAAGCUUUGCUACUCAAGCAUCGAGUUAUGCAUGAAGAACCAAAGCACAUGUGUGACACUUGUGGUCGUAGUUUUGUGCGUGAGGAUAAACUUAAGCGUCAUGUGAUGUCUAUUCAUACGGCUGAGAAACCGCAUGUUUGUCACAUAUGCAGUAAAGCUUUUUCACGCAAAGACAAACUUAAAGAUCAUUUAAAACAUCAUGAUCGUGCAGCCAGAAAUUUCGAGUGUCAACAAUGUCAACAACCAUUUGUACAAAAAUCUGACCUCAAUAGGCAUAUUCGUGGAGUACAUCAAGGUGAGCCAGGAGUCGGUAUAAAUAUGACGGUUAAACGUAAAGCACCAGGUUCUGCGCCUCCACGAUUACCUAAAAGGAGAACAAAACCAGUAUCAGUUAAUAAUAAUGCAGGAAAUAAUAGUGAUGUUGAAAUUAUUUCUUCCGUUGAGAAUUCUUUCAACUCUACACCGAUGCAUCGAUCACAUAAUGGUAAAAGUAUUGGUUGUAAGCAGAAUUCCAGUGAUCCUGAAUCUGAUACGCACUUGAAUAAUAAUCAAAUUGUUUCACUUGCCAGUAGUGGAUCUACUGUCUUUACGCCUAUUUCAGCAGUUGUUUCAGUUGCUGGAGGAGGAGUAACAGCUCCGACAAUUAAUUUCACCCCCUUAGCAGUAACAAUGUCGCCUGCAGGUGUAACUCAAGCAGCUCAUUCAAUAUUUGCUGCAAAUGCCUCAGGUUUAAUGUUUCCUACAAUGACUGCAGCUGCUCAUCAUCAUCUUGUUCAACAACAACAGCAACAACAAGCAGCGGCAGCGGCAGCAGCAACUGUCAUGUUACCAAGUGUCAGUAUAGCUUCCAUGCCAACGAUGCAUCCGUCAGCCAUUUCUUUACAACAGCAACAGCAGCAGCAACAACAACAACAAUUUUUCGCUAUGGCUGCUAUGCCUGCUCUUGCUCAAUCGAUAGCAGCUAAUCAAUCAUCCAAUGGUGGUGGUAUCCAGCAAAAUCAUCAUCUUCAUCAUCAACCUGGAGCAUCUGUUCAACCAACACAGACUGCUAUUCAUUUUCAGCCUGAAUUAAAGACUGUAGCUACGCCUUCUGGUCCAAUGAUGGUAUUGACACACAUAGCUGCUGCAAACCAAGCCGUCAAUCAAGCUCAUGGUCUAACUGGUCAGGCUAUUUUCCCUCAGGUUGUUGGAUUUCAUGCGACAGCAGCUCAGCAACAGCAAAUACAACAAUUCCAACAACAACAACAACAGCAGCAAGCAGCUGUUGUUCAACAUCAACAGCAACUGCUACAACAACAGCAGGCUAAUUAUGCAGCGGCUGUGGCUGCAGCUGGCACACAUUUAGUUACAGUUGCUGGUCAAGCUCAGGUUCCAACUGCACCAUCAAGCUACUCAACAAUUGCAACAACAACAACAACAGCAGCACAGCAACAACAUGCAGUCGCAUUGGCAGCACACCAACAGGCGGCACAUAGCUUUCUGUUUCCCGCAGCUAACCAAACGGGUGUUACCGGUGCUCCAACCACUUUCUUCUGUCAUCCACAGGAUGGAAUGACAGCUGGUUUAAUCUUCGCCUCAUCUACUGAUCCUGCUAGUUUUGCAAUAGCUGCAGCUGCACAAGCUCAGGCUGCUGCAGCCGCUGCCGCUGUUCAACAACAACAACGUCAACAGAAUAAUGUGAAUACAGUUAAUAAUCAGAAUGCGUCUGCAAUUGCUGCUGCAACUCAACUACAAGUGGUGGCUGGUUAUACUCCAUCGGAUGCUGCACAACAGCAACUACAACAGCACCAACAAUUAUUAUUACAUCAACAACACCAGCAGAGAUUAGCAGCUGUAGCUGCCGCCGCUGCAGCAGCAGGAGUUUCUCAAGGGGCUAUUGCCACUCCUCAUUCUGGAGUGUUAGUAUCCUCGAAUACUGGAACACUAAUCAAUGGUACAUCAGCCUCUGUAAUUGUAAAUUCGAAUCAGGAAGAACAACUUGCUCGUGUCCAACAAUCAGCGCAAUUUUUAAUGGGACAACAAGAAGGAAGUACUGCAGCCGCCGCCGCAGCAGCAGCAGCAGUCAGUAAUUACCAGUUAGCAGCAUUCACAAAUGCCGCUGCAGCCGCAGCUUUGUACCAACAACAACAACAACAGCAGCAACAACAACAACAGCAUCCCGGUUUUAUGCUUGCAGCGGCGGCGGCAGUAGCAGCUAACGCUGGAGCUAACAAUCAGAAUGGUACUGUCAUCUCAAGAGGAGGGUCGGCGACUGUCGGGGCAAUGACUCUACAACAACAACAACAGCAGCAGCAAUAUCAACAGCAGGCUGGUCUGAUGGCUGCCGCUGCUUAUCACCAUCAACAGCAACAGCAACAACAACAACAACAAGCGGCUCAUCAGCAAGCAUUGCAACAACAGAAUAAUAUUCACGCGGGAGUCCAACAACGUUGA